AUGGAUUGUGGUGAUUCUGUGGUGCUGGCUGUUGAUGGCCUGGGUGGCCAACAGGCGCUUUGGAAACCGUCGAAUGCCGUUGUUUAUCGCUUUCCUUUAGACCAAAUAAAGAGGAAUAUUAAUGAGGUGCAAAGAGAAAAUAAGGAUCUUGAAAAAACCAUAGCCAGUUGGGAGGAGAAGAUCAGGGAAGCAAAGAAAGAAGCGCAAAGGAAGAGACAGCAUAAGGUUUCCCUUGGCGAAAUAAAUAAAUGGAAAGAGAACAUCAGAAUCGUGGAAGACAUCAAUGAAAAUUUGAAGGACACCCUUCGUUUGAAACAGGCUCUCUCAGAAGUUGUGAGAGCCAGAGAUAUCCAGACUGUGGAUGUGGUCCAAGAUGAAUUGGAUGAUGAAGUGCUGAGAGCCGUCACAUGCAAAAACCAAGAACUGGAAGAGAGCGAAAGGUUCCUGGAAGACCGGUAUAAUGCCCUGAGUUCUCAGAAAACAGCUAAAGAAGCGGAAUUGAACCUGCUAAGGAAGAAAGUGGAUAUGAUGGUGGAGUUCACUGAACAACAAAAACGGACUGCAGAAGAAAACCAGGAAAGUUUCUUUGUGGAACGUGGGCUGGGGCUCCAGCAAUACUGGGUCCCUUCAUCUGGUGUACAACUGAGAUCAUUCGGUGCAGCCCAGUCGCUAAGAAGGAAGUUAGAAGAGACCAUUAACAAACUGAAUGUAACCAGGAAUGAGCUGUCAGCUGCCAAAGAAAAGCUGAAGGUGACCGAAGAUGAAAUGGAGAAGUAUAGGCGAAGGAAAACGAUUAAGGAAAGGCUGUAACAAUAGCUUUGAUCCUACUGUCCAGUUAUAAUCAGACAACAGGUGGAAGACAUGCAACAUCAGCUUUCAAAGGCGGAGUUCACCUUCCAAGGCCAGGGAACCGGAGUUGUGCCCAACACACUGACCCCUUGGCGCCCCCUGCAGAUGACGAUGAAGGCUCGGGAUUGGGAGAGAAGGAUAGUGCAGCAGAGCAGGGAGAACGCCUACCUGAAACACCGACUGCACAUGAUGGAAGGGGAGAUGCUGCAUGUGGGAUCCAUGCGGCACGGACCGAUGCCAGGAAGGCCUGAGUUGCUGAAUCCUCUGUGGCAAGCACCUAGACCAGUUCAAAGGAUGAACAGCAGCAGCAGCCCUCAAAAGGACCCAGAGAUGGCUACGGUAAGUGGUGUG